GCGAGGCCGUCGGAGCCGUCGGCGGGGGGCCAUGUGGCGGCCGCCCGGCUCGCUGCCGCCCCAGCCGGCCGCGGGGGAGGCGGCGGCGGCGCUGCGGCGCCUGGCGGCCUUCUUGCGUCGCGCCCUGCCGCUGUGCCGGGCCCACGCCACGCAGCUGUACACGCGGGGGCUCUGGCAGCGCCUGGUGGCGGCGCCGCCCGACGCCGUGCUGCGGGCGCUGCGGCGCCCCCUGCGGGAGCCCUCCGGCGCCGCCGGGGGGGCGUGGGAUGAUGACACAUUUUCCAACGUGUUUUGUGAAAACUCCAAGAAACUUAUCAAUGUAGACUUGUUUGCCCUGGCCGCCGAGUAUUAUUCUUUGUCUCACCUUGGAGUGUGUACCCCAUUAGAAGAGCUACUUAAAGCACUGGGAGGAGACAACCAAGGAUCAACUGGUAUCAAAACUGAUGAGUUUAUGAAUAAUAAGAAAUCACAUGAAGUACAAGUGAUGUCUGAGCUUGUGGACAAAAUAGCAAAUUACUGUGGUAUAAAACAGGUGAUUGACAUAGGUUCUGGAAAGGGCUACCUGAGUUCAUUUUUGUCCAUGCAAUAUAACUUAAAAGUAUAUGGAAUUGAUUCCUCGAACACCAACACCAAUGGUGCUCAUGAAAGGAACAGGAAAUUGAAGAAACACUGGAGAGCUUAUCAGAGUCGAGCAAGAGCAAAUCCUGAAAGCCAGAGAUUAGAAAAGGCAAAUGACAGUCCAGUGCAAAAUGAAAUUAAAUGUAAAGCAGUCAAUGAAAGGACCUUAAAUAACAGCUGUCUUCAAAGUCAAGACCAAAGGACUACUCAAGACUUAGUUCCUUCUUGUGUUUUCACAGAAGUAGCUACAUCUGAGACCAGCAAACAAACAGAAAUUGAUUUGGUGACUCAGGCACAAUGCAAUGAAAGCAGACUUUCUGAAGAGGCUCUUGCUAUUCUCGAUGUUCUGCCUGCUAAUGCUGUAGAAAUUUUUUCUUCCUCCCAGUGUAACAGUGGGGAGCUCUGUGAAGAGGAAAAGGCCAAAAGAAAAAUGGCAUCUAUCAAAGCCAAAGCAAGCAAGUCAAGUGAAUCAAACCUUUAUUUUCCAUUGACUUCCUACGUCACUGCGGAAACAGAACUCGGUGACAUCAUAACAGAUUUGGAGGACUGUAUAAUGGUGGGUCUGCAUACAUGUGGUGAUCUUGCUGCAAAUACACUACGAAUAUUUACUGACAAGCCUGAAAUCAAAGCAGUUUGCAGUGUAGGCUGCUGCUACCAUCUGUUGUCAGAACAGUAUGAAAACCAAGAAGACUGCACAGAGGAAGUGUGGGGAUUUCCCAUGUGUCAGUACUUGAAGGACAAGGGCUGGUGUUGUGGUCGCAAUGCUAGAAUGUCAGCAUGCUUGGCUUUGGAGCGAAUUGCAGUUGGCCAAAUGCUGCCUACAGAUUCAUUGUUUUAUCGAGCUGUUCUUCAGGUUAUUAUAGAAGAAAUUUAUGGUGUCACCAAAAGUGAACGACAUGUUGGGAAAAUUUUCUCCAAAUCAUCCUCUUUCUUGGAUUAUGUCAGAAAAGCUCUGAAAAAAAUGGAACUGGAUGAUUCAAAGCUUCCAGACAGCUGUAUAAUGGAUUACUAUGAAAAAUACAAGCACAGAAUGAAUGAGCUUGAAGCAUUUAAUAUGUUAAAGGUUGUGCUGGCUCCCUGCAUAGAAGUUUUGAUACUUCUGGAUCGUCUUUGCUACCUCAAGGAGCAGGACAACAUUGCCUGGUCAGGACUUGUGAAGUUAUUUGAUCCUGUGAAAUCCCCCAGAUGCUAUGCAGUUAUUGCUCUGAAGAAAUAGUCAUGUUUUUAAGUGGAAGCAAAUUGCAGAUAGGUUGAAAGCUCUGAACUGAUACUGCUAUUUUCUCAAUGCUAUUUUUAAUUGAUUCCUCAAGUAUACUGAAGUGUUUGCCAACUAUUUACUUUUCAGCUGCAGAAAUAAAAAAUGCAAUGCCUCUGUGAAUCAUGAGAAAUAAAUAGUGAGCCGUACCUCCUUUAUAAAUA